AUAUAAUGAUUGGAUGGACUCAUAUGUUAUCUAAAUGGGUAUUGUACAGUGUGGAGCUUAUCCUUUCUCGGUAUCAGAAAAGCAUCCUUGAGACAGAAGAAGAGAGAAGCACCCAAGAAAGGGCUUCCCAAGAUUAUAUGGAGGGAACUAACCACACCUGCACAAGAUUCCGAACAUGCAGAGAGCUUCUAGAAUCAGUGAGAAGGGUUGAUGAAGAGGGAAAUAAGGUAUCUGUGAGUGACAUGACAGAGUUAGAGGAAGAACUUAAUGCUGCUCUUAUGCAUACGAGAUCUAGAAAGACACAAUUGAUGAUGGAGCGAAUAUCGAGCUUUCAUGAACAGGAAAAGAAAUUAGCAGAGGAAAAGGAAGAAUUGAAGCAGCAGGUGGCAUCAGCAGCAAAGCAGAAGGGAUAUUUCGACGAUGGUGCAAGUAGCCAUUGCUACAAGACCAAUUCACCUCAACUACUUAUAACACUCCCUCUCUUCAAGGAUUAGGAUUAAUCUUUGAGUACCCACCCCUGCAAAAUCAAUAAAACAACUUUGGAAAAAAUAUACUAUAUACACUUGUGUUCUUGCUGUAUCAUUCGACUUUAUUUUUUAUUCCUAAUUCCUAAUUACUUUUUUUUUCUUUUUUUUUUUGCCAAAAACUUCAAGCUUAUCUUGGUUUCUUCAACAGUUGGCCUCUUUUUGAAAGCUACGAUGACACUCUAUCAUAGCAUGCCCUGCAAGAGAGCUUACCCAUGAAGAAACCUCCCCCUCCCCCUCCCUCUACUUUGAUUUACCCUUUAUUGGCUUUUAUAGAAUGCGUAUUCACUUGGUUGAUACAGAGAAAGAGAACAACAAAUCUUGUUUGACCUACCCUCAAAGUUCAAACACCACAAGUGUUCAAAUGUUAAAGGUUACAUAUUACAAAUAUGAUAUGGACAAUAAUAUAUGUAUAUUUUCUAUUUUAUGUUUCAAACAUAAACUGUGAUGGAGGUCAUACGUGGAAGAAGGAGAAAAAUUUGGGGCAAAGCAGUAGGGGACGAAUUGGAAUUGGACUUGUAGAGUAUAUAUAUAUAUAUAUAUAUGAUUGGUUAUGAUGGUGUGGUGUUCACAUGGUAGUGGAUGACAUGGUCAACCAGAUUGUGAUAGCUUCACCUACAGGAAAGCUGCACCUUCAAUUUAUAAUACGCAUACGUAUAAACGAACCUUUUUAGUUGAUACACUGAAUAGAGCAAAUACGCAUAUGUAUUGGAAAUAACUUAUAUUCGUACCUUUUCUUAAUCUCAUAUUCUUAUUUUUUUUCUUGCGUAAA